AAACCUUGCUCCUACCGGUUCGCAUUCGUCAUGAGCCGCAAAGCUCCUGCUUUCCGACUUCGCUUUCUACGUCUCCUUUCCUCGUCUUCCGCCGCCGCCGCCGCCGCCGCCGACACUUCCAUUGAUGACCUCGCCAAGCUUAUCAACAGCCAGCCCAUCGCCGCUAUCCGCCACCGCAUCCCUCCUCGCUUCCUCGCCUCCCCUCUCCUCGACUCGCUUCUCCUUCGCCUAUUCGCCGCCCACACCGCCUCCGACAAGGCCCUCCGCCUCUUCCGCCUUUCUCUCCACCACCAUGCCGACCCUCCCCCCUCACCCUCCGCCUUCGCCACCGCGCUCCACAUCGCCACCCGCGCGCACCACUUUGACGCGGCCUUUGAGCUCACCGAGGACGUCGCCAGAUCCCACCCAGCCCUUCUCACGCCCAAAUCCCUCGCAGUCCUCCUCUCCCGUAUCGCAAAGUUCCAAUCUUUUGAUCGAACACUCGACGCAUUCGAGCGCGUCGAGAGGGCGUGGGUGUCCGCCGGUCUAUCCUUUGGCGUCGAUGAGUUUAAUGCGCUCUUGAGAGCCUACUGUGCUCGUGGGCGAAUCUCUGAGGCCCGCGCUAUCUUCCGGACGCUUCAUCAGCGGUUCUCUCCUAACUCACGGACGCUCAAUACUAUCCUUUUGGGCUUCAAGGAAACGUGGAAUCUCGUUGCUCUGGAUACUAUCUACCAUGAGAUGAUCCUCCGCGGUUUCGAGCCGGAUGCUGUAACUUAUUGCAUCCGAAUGGACGCCUACUGCAAAAGGCUGCAGUUUUUGGAGGCCCUGGACCUUCUAGAUGAGAUGGUAAAGAAGAAUUGCUCCCCAACUGUGCAAACCAUCACAACUUUGAUUCACGGUGCUGGUCUUGUGAAGAACCCUCACCGUGCACGCAAGUUGUUCGACGAAAUGGGUGAAAGAGGUAUAACUCCUGACAGAGCGGCUUAUAAUGCUCUAGUGGGCGCGUUUGUAAGGGCGGGUGAUCUUAAGUCUGCUUUGGUGAUCAUGGAUGAGAUGGAGGAGAAAGCAAUUGGGCUUGACGACUUCAGUUAUUACACCGUGUUCUGUGGCAUGAAGAAGCACGAGGAUUUAGAAGGGUUUUGGAAGAUAUACAAGAGGAUGGUUGACAAUAACUAUGUGCCAAGGGUACGCACAGUAAUGCUGCUCAUGAAGGUGUUCUGUCAAAAUGGAAGGGCUCACUUAGGGUUGGAGUUGUGGGACUACCUUUUAAAGAAAGGAUGUUGUCCUCAUAAGCAUGCAUUAGAUCUCUUGGUUACAGGACUUUGCUGCAGAGGGAAGGUGGCAGAGGCCUACAGGUGCUUCAAACAAGUAAUUGAUAGAGGGCGAGUGCCAUCUGAGAGAGCCCUUCGGGUGUUGGAAGACUUUCUCGUACAAGCUGAACAGGCAGACAUGCUAGAAGAGCUUGGCCAGAUGACAAAGGGGUUGCAAAUGCCAUUUUCAUCCUCAUAUUAAUUGGAUCACAAAUGGAAGGUAGUGGCGGUGACAUCGUUCCUUUUGAUUCCUUGUUCAGUGAUUGAAAUGGAGCCAAGGGUUCUGUCUUAGAUGAUGAUGUAGACAACAAACAUUGUCGAUCAAAUUCAUUGCCUGACAAUGUUGUGAGUUAUUGUUAUGAAUCCAUGGAUAAAAACAAAAGAAGCUUGGAAGUUUCACUUCAUCUUGAGAUAUUCUCGCUCCUCUUCUAUCCUAUAGUCAAGAUUUGGUGAUUGAACUGGUGGUGGGUGGACACAAGAAAUAGAGGCUGAAUGUGAUACUACUACCAGAUUGUUUGGGAAUAGAAAUGGAUCUCCUCUGUGUAGCUGUUUGUAAGAUACAAUCAAAUAUUGUUCUUGAGAAUGUCGUCAGUUAAUCGUGUGAAACCUUAUCACGAUAUAUGGAAAAGAAACUUCAGAAGGCUGCUGGCUGUAAGAGAUUGCUUGCUCUCAUUUGCGAUAUUCCCUUAUUGAUAAGGUAGAACAAGUGAUGGAAGCACAUAUUGUUGGAAAAUUAAGUUAUCACUUGUAUUUAUCCUUUGUUUAAUAAAAAGAUAAUUAAUUGUCUUUUGA